GAAAAUUUAUCACGCCCAGAUUGUGUUAUUCAAUUUAAUCGGCAUUCUUACACCCCCUCAUGCCAUCACCCGAUCAAGUCCAAAAGCUGAUGUCAGCGUGCAACAUCUCCAAACAAGAGGCAGAACGGCUCCUCAAACUAUCCAACAACGAUGUAGAUCUGGCAAUCACGAUUCACAACCAGGCAAAAGACGAGAUGUACGUCGGGUCAGGGCUGGCAGUGAACAAGCCCAAUAGAAAGCACACCAUAAAGAUGUACAAGAACGGUGUAUCGGUGGACAACCAUUUCAUGGAGAUGAAUGCUGAAGGAAUCAAGCGGUUGCGCACGAUGAUAGAGCGUGGAGAGUUUGAUGCCAAGAUGGUUGGCGGAAGGGAAAACGAGAUGGCUGAAUUUGAGGUUGAGAAUUAUGAUGUUGAGUAUGGAAAGGUUGACAAAGCGGAAAGCAAGAUUGAUUAUAGCAAAAUACCCAGUAUUGGUCGACGAGUGAUACCCAAGAUUAUAGUAAUGGAUAAGUCGGACCAGAGCGUGUCCGUAAAUAUUCGUUUUGUUGGGCUUGUGAGGGAAAUUCGUGUGUCAAAAAAUUGUAAAGUUAAGGAUCUGCUUGAGUUCUUGUUUAAAUACACCAAAACCAAUUUGGCAUUGCUGUCCAAUGGUAAGAAAAUUGGGAAGAACGAUCUUGUAACCAAGCAUGGCGGAAGCGAUCUAAAAAUUGAAAAUGAUUAAAACGGAUUUAUUGCAAA